AUGGCGGAUGCAUACCCCUAUCAACCUAUAAUCCGAUUGCCGAAAAGCAAAACAAGUUCCACCUCAACGCGAAGCAACCGCCAAGAUUCCAUCACCCUUGGUAGUAGUAACAAUGCCAUGAAUGGUGUUGCGGACCCCAAGGAUACGAUUGUCUCUGAUAUGCUUUAUUUCGACGGACUGGAUGGUGCAAUCACUGAAUCCGACAUUUGUAGUUUGCUUCAAGAUUGUCAACCUACAGAAAUUGUGAUCCACACGGAUCGUGGCAGUGGUCAUUUACGGUUCUCUGAUCCUAAAAUGGCGGAUCGAGUGUAUUCCUUGUACAACGGAUUCACGUUUCCAAACAAUAACAGCAAACUGCAGUUUCGUAUCUCGCAUGACGGAUCGUUCGAGCACGAGGCAAAGUGUUCGAUCCUGCAUGUAAAAAACCUACCACUCAAGAUCGACAACAAUGCCCUGUACGAUCUGUUCCGACCGUUCGGGCCGUUGAGUUUAUGCAAACCCAUUGUGGAAGGCAGAACUUUUCGAGGCACGGCCUUUGUUCAGUACUUUUUCCAGACCGAUUCGGAUCAAGCACAGAUGCAUAUGCAUGGCAAGAUGUUGGACGGCAAUGCACUUAACGUCGGUUCGUUCAUGCCAUCCAAGACCCGUCCUGCAACAGCAACAGCAACAGCAGCAGCAGCAGCAGGUACCGAUCAAACCAACAAGAAUUCUUCUACAACACUACCACACACGGCUGCUCCCUUCCAUACUGCGGCGGGUGGUCUAUCUCCCAAUCACAACAACUGCAAUAACAGCAACAGCAGCGCCGUUUCCACGCCCAACACGGCUAGCGGUGCCAACGACAAGUCUGAUUCUGGCUAUGUUGACUACAUGAACUUGUACAUUAAGAAUCUGGACGCCAAUGUGAGCAACAAUGACCUAUUCAACCUGUUUCGAAAGUUUGGUCGCAUUAUCUCUGCAAGAGUCAUGAGCAAUCCGCAAACCGGUCAAUCGAAAGGGUAUGGCUUUGUCAGUUACGACAAGCCCGAAGAGGCAUCUGCUGCUCUGCGAGAGAUGAACGGUAAACUGAUUGGGACCAAGCAACUCAUUGUUGCUUAUCACGAACCUAAAAAGCCUCGACAAGAGAAACAACAACAACAGAGUAGUAGUAGUAAUAAUAAUAAUAAUACCAGUACCACCAACACCACUCCCAACACUAAUAAUAACAACAACAACAACAGCAAUUCUUCUCCUGUCACGAACAAUAACGCGAUGCAACCGUUUAUGGGUGCAAUUGGGACGCCUGUGCGCAGUCCUCCCCAUGCUUCAACAGACUAUAACAGCAACAACAACAACAACCACAACAACAACCACGCGUCAUCGUCGUCGGCCGCUGCCGCAGCUGCAGCCGCAGUCGCUGCAGUUUCGGCCACGAACCCUGCUACCGGCAUGGGUGGAACACCGUAUUCCUCGCAUGAUACCAGACAUCCUUACGACAUGUCAAUGCCUUCUGUGCCUAUCAACAUGCCUUCCCAGGUCAAUGGUCUUGGUAUCGACAAUGUAGACCAGAUUGCCAUGACGAUGAAAUCGGUUGGACAGAAACGACCUUCUCCGCCACAUCCGAUGCAUCGCAAGUUUUCUGCAGCGGAGUCCAACUUUGGGCAGCAUCCAUUGCGUCCCUCGCCACCGUUUUCCACCUCACCCAUGUCUGGCGUCAGUAGCACAGGACCUUCUCUUGCGUCGUUGGCGUCUGGAUUGAAUGUUCAGCCUCGACCUAAUAAUCUACCGCCACAUCAGCAACAGCCACAUCAACAACAACAGCCACCUCAUCCUCAUCCUCAUCAUCAUCAACAUCAUCCACAACAACAACAACAACAACAACAACAUCAUCAACCCCACCACCACCAAUCACCACAACCACUACCAUUACAACAACACCAACAAGCACACCAUCAGGAUUAUCGGAACAAUGGAGGUCGACCCACACUACGACGUAAAGGCUCGCUUGAAUCUGUCAGUUCCGUCAUGACCGAAUCAAGCGCCUCGAUGCAGCGACAACGAUUGAUGGAGGCGGUCAUGCGAUGUGGUGACUAUGGCAAAGCCUUAUCGGACAUUGUCGACAUGUUGUUGACAUUGAAGCGCAAGGAACGAUCACUGUGUCUCUUUAAUCAAGACUUUUUAAAAGACAAGAUCCAAUUGGCGUUGGUUGCUUUGGAUACUGCUACCACUAUUGCCGGUGGUACUGGUGGUCAUAGUCCAAUGGCACCCGUAUCACCUCUCGUGAGACAGCAACAACAAGCUCCUCAACGUGUAUCCAAAGCCAUUCCUAUCGUUGCCCCGAAACCAGAACCUGUUGCUGCUAAUGCUGCUGCUGUUGUUGCAAAAUCACCAUCUCCUCCCACUACCGCCAACACGACGCCUAAUACUGCUGCUACGACGACGACGACAACAACAACAACGAUGACCCACACCACUGCCACGACCCCCAUUGCUGCUGCUGCUAGCAAGAAGAACACCAAUGGAACAGCACCACCAAGCAGCAGUAGGAAGAACAACAACAAGAACAGUAGCAACCAAGAGGUCCAGGAGAUUGAGCAGUUACUUUCUGCGUUGGAAGGCAAGCCUACCCAUGAAAAGAAGCAACAGUUGGGUGAUAGACUCUUCCCUCGUGUCAAGGCUACGGGAACCAAGCAAGCGCCCAAGGUCACGAUCCGUCUCUUGGACACGAUUGAACUCCACGAACUGGCACAUCUGAUGUUAGAUAAAGACCAGCUUAAAGAACGUGUGGACGUUGCAUUUGCUAGCUUAAAGUAG